AUGGACAUUACUUCAACACUAGAAAAUGGAUCGCAAGCCAGCUAUUCGUCGGCUGCUGACCCUUUCAACCUCUCCAGAAAGUUAAAACCAACGGACGAGGGCCAGAGAGCAGAAGCCAAUACUUCGCGCAAGCGUACUCGCUAUAAUCCAUUUGGCAAGAAGGAUUCACAGCUCGGCGGCGUCACGGAAUUCUACAAUUCACAAAACGAAAAGAUCAAGAGCCUCCUCAAGCCCGUCGACGAACAUGUCCGCGAACAUGCCGAGACCACAGCGUCCCACAAGCUGCAAUAUCGAAUCGCCGUAUACUCCUCUUUUGUAUGCAACAUAUUUCUUUCGGGACUACAACUCUAUGGAGCCAUUGCCUCUGGCUCUCUCUCCCUCUUCACAACGAUGGCCGACUCGAUCUUCGACCCGCUAUCAAACGUCACUCUGAUCAUUUGCAACCGUCAAGCGAAAAAGGCCAGCUCGCACAACUUCCCAGUGGGCACAUCUCGCAUUGAGACUGUAGGAAACAUUUUCUUCUCCUUCAUUAUGAUGGCCGUUUCUCUCAUCCUCGUGGCCUUCUCCUGCCAAGAGCUCUCUGAGGGCGGCUCCUCGGCCUUCCAUCUGCCCUCCGUUAUCGCGGUCACAGUUGCUUUCGUCGUGAAGCUGUGCCUAUUUCUCUACUGCUUCGCACUACGCAACAAGUACUCCCAAGUUCGCAUUCUGUGGGAAGACCACCGCAAUGACCUUUUCAUCAACGGCUUCGGUAUUCUAACCUCCGUUGGUGGGUCCAAGCUCAAGUGGUGGAUUGACCCGAUGGGCGCAAUUAUCUUGUCUCUGCUCAUCUUGGGACUGUGGUUGCACACUUCCAUUGGAGAAUUCAAACUGCUCGUCGGUGUGACUGCGGACGCGGAUACUCUGAAUCUAAUUACCUAUGUUGCGAUGACGCAUAGCGAGCAUGUGAAGGCCAUUGAUACCGUGCGAGCAUAUCACUCAGGCCCGAGGCUGAUUAUUGAAGUCGACGUUGUGAUACACCCGCAGCAGACAUUGCAGGAGUGUCAUGAUAUUGCGGAGGAUUUGCAAGUCAAGCUGGAGAGUUUGCCGAAUGUGGAGAGGGCGUUCGUCCAUAUUGAUUAUGAGACUACACAUCGGCCGGAACAUUCCAAGAAGGACAUUUGA